CGACCCUUUGUCAAACGCCAAAUCGACCGUCGCGAUAAAUUCCUAGCCAAAAUGCCACCAAAGAAGAAGGUCGAUAGGGCCGCCACAGAGAAUGUCCAGCUUGGACCUCAGGUCCGCGAGGGCGAGCUUGUCUUCGGCGUCGCUAGAAUCUUCGCUUCCUUCAAUGACACCUUCGUUCACAUCACCGAUCUGUCCGGCCGCGAAACCAUCUCCCGCGUCACUGGUGGAAUGAAAGUCAAGGCUGAUCGUGACGAGUCUUCUCCAUACGCUGCCAUGUUGGCUGCCCAGGAUGUCGCCGCCCGCUGCAAGGAAGUCGGGAUAUCUGCUCUGCACAUCAAGAUCCGUGCUACUGGCGGUAACCGCACCAAGACCCCAGGCCCUGGCGCUCAGUCUGCUCUCCGUGCUCUUGCUCGUGCUGGAAUGCGCAUUGGGCGUAUCGAGGAUGUCACACCUACCCCAUCCGACUCGACGAGGAAGAAGGGUGGUCGCCGUGGUCGUCGUCUCUGAGCAUUUGUGGAUGUCUGGUUGGUGUGUGGACUAGGCAUGGGAUGGGGUACGGUCUUUAUGGCUAAAUCCUAUCUCACGAUUACGCGGGGAACGGCUUUAUGCCUGGUCUCCAUGGUCAAAUAUGACCCUUGACAUAGUCGAGGUAGUUCAAUAAAAUGGGUUGCACAAAUAC